AUGCAAAGAAAAAGAGAGUGGGACAGCUUCAAGAGAGUCACACGGCUUGUCCAGGGUCUGGUGACCUUUGAGGAGGUGGCCGUGUAUUUCACAGAGGAGGAAUGGGCCCUGCUGGAUCCCGGCCAAAGAGCUCUGCACAGGGAAGUCAUGGAGGAGAAUUAUGAGACGGUGGCCUCUCUCGAGUCGGACCUCCAUUCGUGUUGGGAAGAAAGAAAAGAUCCCUUUAUCCAGUAUCCCAAAGAUGCGACAUCAACAGCUGUCCUGGAUUUGCAUUCUAAAGAUAUACACAGAAGAGGGAUUUCUAUUCCUGAUUUUUAUUCUGAAGAAUAUUAUAUUGUCUGAGAC